ACAGGGCUUACUGUGUGGAUAUUAGCUUUCUAGCUAGAAGCUAGUUCUUUAAUUAAUAACUGAUAUUAUCAGUGAAAGUCGGAGUCAACUGUUUUAUGGGAUAUUUUAUAUUUAAUAAUUUAUACUUAGCUUAGCUGCUUAGCUCUGCUUAAUACUGUUUGGAGGCCAGUAUUAAUGCUCUCAGCUGAAGUUUGGCUUUUAUUUACAGAUUUAUAUAUUUGUGUUAUUGGCGGUUAGCAGGUCACGUGACGAGAGCCUUAACCGUCAUUUUCACACCUCGCCAUGUUGAGCUAAUGCUAAUAUAUUACUGAGGGGAAAAAGAUGAGAAAGUGCACCACAGCUUUCAGUACAUCACAAUAUCUGCAUAUUGGGUGUGUGCUGAUUUAGAAAAAUAAUCAACAGCAGGGCUGUGUGGAGUUACUGUGACCACACCAUGUUGAUUAUUUUCCAAAAACAGCAUGUCGCGAAGUGUUUUAUUCCUCUUAUACCACAGCGGCUUGCCAGUAAUUGCAAGUUUUAAUUCAUUAAUGAACACAUCAUGGUUUUUAUCAGUUUAUUGUUUGUGUUAUCGUUUAGAUUAUAGCAGCUAUAAACACUCGUUCCCUCACCAUCCUUUCUUUUUUCCUCUUUCUUGAGGUUAAUUAAGGAAAAAAAAAAGAAACCAGAAAGUGCAAAUGUCCUCCUCUGUCCUGAACACGUUUCUGUCUCAGAAAACCUAAAGUUACAGCUGUACCUAACGUUCUAAAGUGCCGACACCACAGACUAAUUCCUAAAACGCCUAACAAUAUGCAUUAAUAUAAACCUGUGAUUUGAAUUACAUAAGGAACGCCUGUCAGAGCUUCUGUUGUAGAAAACUAAUCAACACCUUCUGACCAAUCAGAUUCAAGAAUUGAUGAUCUGUAGUGAAGAAUGUCAGUUAUUAAAAAGGAAUCUUCUGCCACAUCGGCAGUCUUAUUCCUGAAUGUUAAAGGUGAACCUAUGCGCUUCUUUAUAAGACCCGGUCCCACCAAAGUGCAGCUUCAGCCUUUAAUAUCGAACGGUGGAGGCGUGCUUUGUCGGACCCAGGAGCCGAACGCCAUUUUGUUAGCGGAUCCGGGUGACAUCACUCCUGCUGUUCAAGGUGCCGGCCAUUUUUACAUCUCCACUCAGUACAUUCACGACUGUGUGGCGCAGAACCAGCAGUUAGACAUCGAAAGCUACAGGUUCAGCAAUUUACAGCCCGUCCAGACGAGGGCCGCAUCACGGAAACAGCGAGGUACGGGACGCAUGGGUUACUCUCUUGAAGAUGACACGGCCAUCUUGAAUUUCAUCAGCAAGCAUCAGAAAGAAGCAAAAGGCAACCGGAUCUGGCAGCAAAUGGAGCGUCAGCGCAUCACCAGUCAUAGCUGGCAGUCCAUGAAGGACCGAUUUCUAAAGCACCUGCAGCAUAAGCUGGAGCAGAAAACCCCUGAGCAUAAAAAGAAAGUUAGCCCGUUGAAAGAGAGCUCAUCUUCUGAGGAUAAUAUCUCUCAGCCAACGCCAAAGAAGACGCCCAGAAAGAAAGCGGUGGUAGUUUCAUCUUCUGAUUCAGACGCCACACAGAUCAGCCAUGAGCAUGAGGGAGGAACAAGAGAACAACCAGACCUCCAACCUUCACCUGAAGAAAUCAGCAGUCCUGAAGAUCCCGUCUCAGAAAAGAGGCAGACAGAUGAAGUGAGGAAAGAGUGUGAUGGUGAUGAGUCAGUGCCUGAGGAGGAGCGACAGCACGACAUCGAGCAGGCUGAAGUCUCACCCAAAAGAGCCAGAACGGACACGGACUCACCGACGGAGAACACGUCAUCCGGACCGAAUGAUCAGUUGUCGACUACCAGCGAGAAGCAAAACAGUAACAGUCGCAAAUCCUCUGCACCCUCUGGGAGGAAGCUCGGCAUACUCGAGAGAGCUGCCAGAGAAUUUGAAGACUCUCAAGCGAUUGAUGGAAGUCAGGGAGACCAGCCUCUGAGUCAGGCAUCACCCAUUAAUGCCUCAGAUACAGAUGAGUCUCAGAUCAUGGCAGCGCGUGAAAGAGCUUUAAGGGAACAGGAAGUGAAUCCCGAGCAUCCUAAUGACGCAGAAGAGCCUGCACCAGCUACCCAAAGCCACAGGAGCACCCCAGGGCCAGACGACGAUGACCCGGGUCCCAGCAGUGCCGCUCUACCCAUAACGUCCAACGCUCACAUGUUCCUCUUCCAGCAGGAGUCCCAGGAGGAGCUCAGCCAGCCGUCUGAGGAAGAUCAGCUCUCGCAGAGUCUGUUAGAGACAAAGCAACAUGUAGUUAGGUUGAUGCAGGAAUCUAAGAAAGACUUGGUUGAGGUCAUGAAGGCGCUGCUCAAGGCCAGCGGUGAUGUCACUUUGGCGCUGUCGUAUUUGCUUGAAGGAUAUGAUCCUGAAGUCCACGGGCCCAUCUGGACUCGGCACGAUGACGAAAUGCUUCUUUCAGCCGAUUCACUCGAGUGUGAGAGACUUCACGAGAAAUACGGAGUCGAGAGAGUGUCCAAGAGAGCAGCUUUUCUGAAAGCAGACUUGUAGCAUAAAAAAAAAAAUGCUGUGUCGUGUCAGUAAUCCUCCACAGCCUAAAACAUGAAGUACUGUUUUUAUUAACCACUGUCAUUUGCUAUAGACCACAUUUUCUCCUUUAUUAUCAAUACCAUCAUCCAAAUCUGCUGUGAAGAAAUGUUUUUAUAUCAAUGCAAUGCUUUUUAAUGACUGUUUUGAAAACAGGAUAAUAAAAUAUAUUUUAUCAUCCAA